UUGUCAAAAAUUCGUCGCCGGUUGGUGUCUUAAAGAAAAGCAAAAAAAAAGGAAAACAUCAGUCAAACGACUCAUGCCUCAAGUAAAAGGUUUGUUAGAAACCAUGUUUCAUACUGGAACAGCAAGUCCACGAAACAAAAU